GCCACUCAGUAUCUGAAACAUGUAGCGCGUUAGCAGGUCCAAACAAAACAGAUAUGGUCAAGCUUCUGUGGCCAUAGUGUGUCCAAGUUCAAAGGUCAACAAUAAACGAUCGAGUGAGCUGGACAGUAGCCGCUAGCGGGAACACCAGGGAACACACAUACCUGAAGUCGACAUGCAGCUGAAAGAUAAAGUAGUGUUCAUCACUGGCGGUGCACAAGGAUUCGGGAGGGGCGUGGCCGAAGCAGUAUUGAAGAAAGGUGCAAAGGUGUGUAUCGCAGAUGUCAAUGUGGAUCUUGGGGAAGCAACUGCCAGAGAACUACAAGCUUCUAGUGGACCAGAUUAUGUCCUGUUUGUGAAAUGCGACGUAUCCGAUGCUACUGUAUUUGAAGAUGCAUUCAAAGCUGCCGUCUCGAAAUUUGGUCACAUUGAUAUUAUGUGCAACAAUGCUGGCAUCAUGGAUGAACGAAUAUGGGAAAAGCAGCUCGAAAUCAAUUUUGGCGGCGUUGUGCGGGGGACCAUGAUGGCGCUGAACCACAUGAGGAAGGAUAAAGGGGGUAGAGGCGGCGUCAUCAUCAACACUGCGUCAAUUGGAGGCUUGCUUCCUUCGUUCUGGUUUCCAACAUAUGCAGCCAGUAAGAGCGCUGUCAAUCAUUUCACGGCGAGUUGGGCAAAAAACCCGGACAUGAAGUCAGCCGAGGUUCGGUUUGUCAGUAUCUGUCCGUCGGGCGCAGAGACAGGUCUUCUUGAAUCGCUGCAAGACAAGAUUAUUAACUACGAACAUUUCAAGCAGUUUAUGGAACGAUCUAAAUAUUGCAGGGUAGACCAGGUGGUUCAGGCAUUCCUGUUGGCAAUGGAUGACGAUACCAUCAACGGCACAGCUAUCACCAUCAAAUUAAAAGAGGGUGUGGAAAAAAUUAAGUUGUCUCUCGUCCCCGACGAGUAAUACCAAGAUAUUAUAUAUAUGAUCGUCCCUAGAAAAUAACCCAACAUACAAACAUGCAAAAUGACACAUAUUCCAUUUGAAAGUUAAUAUACAGGUUUUUCUUAUACUUCUUCGGACCAUGGUGACAAUAAAUCGAAAAUAAUGCCUCGACACUGUAGUUUAUCUUGAUAUGUAGUCAACGGUAUAAAAAGAGCUGAUUGAUAGUCAGCAUGUAUGUAUAUAUUUUGUUCAUAAACGCUGAGAACAGAAUUAUUUUUCAUGUGAACAGGUUAUGAUGAACAGGUUAUGACAUCAUCCAAUGGAAACACUCUAUCACCAUAGAAGAUGUUUUACAUGUUUUAAUGCAGGUUUGCGAAUUUAUGAGCACGGAAAACAACGUAAAAUAUCGCCAAACUAAAUUUAAAGGAUCUCACGACUGUUGAUUCCAAAUGACGUAGUAAUGACCACAAAUAAAUAUGUCCCUGUGUCUCUUGUAUUUCGGGGCGAUGAUGUAGCCUUGUUGUAAAACGACGACCUUACACGGGUACAAUGUGUGAAGCCCUUUUCUGGUGUCCCCCGCCGUGAUAUUGCUGCAAUAUUGGUAAAAGCGGCUUACACUAAACUCAUUCACUCUCCCGUAUUUCAUUCCUGUAUACAAAUGACUAGAACGGUGAAAUGACGAGACUCCAAUGUGACUGCCAUGAAGGUUAAAGUUCACAUUUUGAUUCGAACCUCGAGAACAAAAUUCCAACGGCAUUGGUCCAGUGGUUUCAGAGUUGAAGAUAUUCACAGAUAACGCCAGUCGCCGCACAACCGGAUCUCAGCACUUUCUGGUAUAGUGCGCUUAUAUUCCUUAAAAGAAAAAUUAAUAUGAUACAAAAUUAAUGUCAUAUAUUAUUCUUUUGAAAGAAUGUUAAUAUUUCAUAAAAUAUAUGUAACACAUGUUGCCUAUUUUCCAUUUUCUAAUAUCUAAAUCGUUAUAAAAUGGUUAACAAUCAGUGUCACUUGUGACAUAAAAACGCCUCAGGACAAUUUUUUGAAAAGGCCAAAUCUGUCAUACAGCUAGGGUGCUCACUAUGUGUCGGAGUUUCAAUCCCUCAGGCCAAAAUCAAUCCCAUAAGCAAAUGGCUACCUAAGUUUGCAUGUCAGUGGGCUUAAUCUUGGUAUGGUUCUUUGUUCAAGACUCCUUCCAAUCUAGACGUAUCAGUUUAGCUGUGUCAGCAUUAUAUAAUAAAGGAACAACACGUGGAAUGAAAUGAAACUAUAUGCCAACUCGAUGUUUGCCUCAGAUCAUUAAGAUUAACGAUAGAGCAAUCAGAGCAAACUCUGCGUUCUACGUCAUCAACAUUUUGGGUUAUAUAAGAGCAGAGCUAUCCAAUGGCUCUUCUGUAAUAGACUUUGGGCCGUACAAGUUUCUCCACACCAACUGCAUCAUAUUUCUUCUGUAAGGUAAGCCUUUUCACGUGUUGUUAUCUAAAUAACAUUUGAUUCAUAGGGCUGGGGCGGGUAG